CCAAAUCGCUCUCGGAUCUGCCAAGAGAUCAGCCGCUACCUCUGCCCGCGCCUCGGGCGCCGUUGGCCUUUCCCCGGCUGGCUCUGGCAGCACGCACAUCGCAGCCGCCGAGCGCACGGCGCUGCCUCGGCCGGAGCCACCCGCCCGGGGGCCGGGCCGCAGCCCCGGCAUCAGCGCGGGACGGAGAAUGGGGGACGGGCGUUCAAAGCGUGGCGGCGAAGUUUGGGGAGGAGUGGGGGUUUCCCCGGUCUGGUGAUGCCCGGCGGCAGGUGGAGGCUGCGCCGCCGCCCCGCGCGGCCCGGGGCGGGGGACACCGCGGGGAGCGGAGCCCCGGGCUGCGCGGUGCGGGACCUGCUGACCCUUCCUCCCCCCGCCCGCCGGCCGUCUGGUGGGAACAAACACAAGCUGUUCCGGACCGGGGCCGCGCAGCUGGCCCGGCGGUGGCGGCGGAGCGCUGCCAAAGAGGCCGCAGGGAAGGUCCUCGGGUUUCCCGCAAGCGCACACACGCGGCCGCCCGGGCGCGGCGCCGGGACCGCUCCCAGCCGCCCUGAGCGGCGGGGGCCCCGUGCGUGUGUGCCCCGGGGGGCGCGGGGGGGGGGGGUCGGGCGUGUGCGGGUGGUGACGUGCCCGGAGAGCAGCCGGGGACGGCGGGCGGCUCCGUGUGUGUGGAAUUCCGAGGCGGCGAGUGCCUGCGAGACGAUGUGCGUGGGGAGCGGGAGCGCUGCGGGGGAGGCGGCGCGCGUGUGCCUGCGUGGGACACCCUGCGCUUGUGCGACCGCGUGUGCGGGCCAGCGCCCUGGCUCCGUCCCCGCCCGCCGCCCCUGAGCCGGGAUCAGCCAGAUGAUCCUCCGGCCGUCGGCUGAGUGGCAGCCGCUUCGUGGGUAGCAUUAGGGCUCGGCCACUCCGCGCUCCCGUGACCCCGCCGUGUCUCUCUCCCUCCAUCGCAGCCUCUCCGAAGCCCAGUACCCCAUCAGCUCUCGCUAUGUGAUAUUUAAAAGAAGGGUUGCAUUCUCCCCAAUAGAAGCCCACUCGUUUCCUUGUUGCCAGGAACAAAGCGUACAUUCAGAGGGGUGGCUGUUGACGGCUCCCUCUGUAUAGCACUGGAAAGCGGGUGGCCUUUGGUUACUGGCAAGGAAAAUUCUAAUCAGGGUGCUUGUAAGCGGGGCUUUAUAGAAGCUUAGUUACAAAAGGCUUACACCAGAGUAAUGCAAUAACUAUAAUAACAGCCAGGGAGCCCUAAAGAGGGUGGAAUGUGCUUGUGUCUGGAUGAUUUUCCCCGCUCGCACAGAGAGGGACUGUUUACCGCGAGUGCCAUUAAGUAUCGCUGGAAACUCACCAACCGCAGACUUAUUUCAAUAUACUUUAUUGUUGUAUCUGCUCUAAAAGCGACUUGCUUUGGACGACUUCUAGAUCGUCCUAGAGGAGAAGAGGGGCCGCCCUCGGGUAUUGGAGGAGGCUCUGAGCACAGGGGUAGUGCCAAGGGUGAGGGAGCUGUGAGCCGGGGCCCGGCCGGGUCGGGCUGGCCGGAGCGCGUCCCGCCGGGCAGUGCUGCCGCCGAACAAAGCGGCGAGGAGAAAAGGCCCCCUGAGCCCAGCGGCACAAAGCGCUCGGGCUCCUGCCCCCGGAGGUGGGUACGCAGCAGCGACCCCUCCGCGGCCCUCCUCGGCUGUCUCGGCCGAUAAGGGCGUGGGGACCCCGAGGGACACGGGGGGAAGGAGGGGAGGAACCCAGCAUCGCCUUCCCGCCCCUCCGUUCGGCGCCCCGGGGCGCCCCUGGCAGCGGUGACCCCGCUGUUCCGGCUCAGCCGCUCCGGCUUGACGAGCCUAAUGGGAUCAGCCGCUGCCCUCCGCCACCGCUGCCGCGUGUUGAUUUUUCCAACCUCUCCGCCCAGCCCCGAUGCCCGCCGUCCCCUAGCCAGACCCAGCUACUGCUUGGCCGCCGGCGAGGGGCCGCGGCUCCGGAGGGCAGGAAAUGGCUUGGCCGGGGAGCCGGGGCGGUCACCCCGCCCCGCCGCGAUCCCGGGAGACGCCCCGGAGACCGCGGUGGCCCCGGGAGGGACGCGUGAAGCGGGCAGAGCUCC